AUGGCGUAUCGGCCCCAAGCUAAUGGAUCCGCCGAACGUAUGGUCCAGACAACUACCAGGGCUCUUAAGAUAUACGUGGAAGAUCUGGAUCAACGAGAGUGGGACGAGUGUGCGGAACGACUCACCUUCGUGAUCAAUACCGCGAGAGAUCGGAUCCGAGGUGAAACACCUUUCUACAUUAUACAUGGCUGGGAUCCUAGAUCCACCCUGGAAGUUGAGAUCCCGGUGGAAAGUACUCGCAAACACGAUCGAGAUCCAAGAAGAGAACAAGUGAACCAACGCCUAGGUGAAGCGAUCGCGGAUCGGGCCGAUAUGCAUAAUGAUCUAGCACGACCUCAUCCUGUAGAGUCUGGAUCAAGGGUCUGGUUGUACCUAGAUCGAGUGCGUGAAGGUUAUGCGAAAAAGCUGGCACACUUAUGGCAUGGUCCAUUCCGCGUCGCCGAGAAGAUCGCAGAGUAUGCUGUGACGCUAGAGGUAGCAGGAUCCGCAUACAGCAUUUUCCCGGUAGUGCAUGUGUCGAAGAUCAAACUGGUCAAGGCAUUCCCAGAUCGACCAAUAGCUUGGCUGGACGGAUCGGAAGAAGAUCGGGUGGACUUCGAUGAAGCGCUCCUACCUGAGGAUAGCUGGAUCCAAACUCGGGAUCCGGAUGAAUACGAAGUGGAAUGA